UGUAUAUAUACGGGCCCCGUUCCUUACCUGGGCCAAACUAGGGUUUUAGUUUUCAUCUUCUCCGGCAAUUACACUAGUCGCCGUUCUCAAAAGAAGCAUUCAAAAAUGGUGAAGGGUCGACAAGGAGAGCGUGUCAGGUUGUACGUCAGAGGAACGAUCCUGGGGUACAAGAGGUCGAAGUCGAACCAGUACCCAAACACGUCCUUGAUUCAGAUCGAGGGAGUGAACAGCAAGGAGGAGGUAGCGUGGUACCAGGGGAAAAGGAUGGCGUACAUUUACAAGGCUAAGGUUAAACAGAAUGGAACCCACUACAGGUGCAUUUGGGGUAAGGUGAUUCGUCCCCACGGAAACUCCGGAGUUGUACGUGCUAAAUUCAAAUCCAACCUUCCCCCCAAGUCCAUGGGAGCCCGAGUUCGCGUCUUCAUGUACCCUAGCAACAUUUGAAGCGUUUGCAGCGUUUUUAAGUAGCGGAACAGAGUUUGAGCUUUGGUGGUUAAUAGAAGGAUCUUUCAUGCCUUAUUUUUACUCCCUAUUUUGUUCAUGUUUGUUUAUCAUCAAGGAUUUUGACAAUGUGGUCACUGUUUUAAUCAUUAUUAUCAAUGAUUUCCAGUUUUGACGUUUGCUUGCCAGAAAAUGCUUCUGAGGGAGGUCCGUAAGUAUGGUUUCAUUAGCUUCAUAUAUAAGAUCACUGGAGGUGGCUUAUUUGAA